AUGGGUUCCGUCGUUCUCCCGCAUCUGCGUACGGCCUGGCACGUCGACCAGGCUAUUCUCUCCGAGGAGGACAGACUUGUGGUCAUCCGAUUCGGUCGCGAUCACGAUGUUGACUGCAUGCGUCAGGACGAAGUCCUUUUCAAGAUCGCCGAACGAGUGAAGAACUUCGCUGUCAUCUACCUCUGCGACAUCGACGAGGUACCCGAGUUCAACACGAUGUACGAACUCUUUGACCCAAUGACCAUCAUGUUCUUCUACCGGAAUAAACACAUGAUGUGUGAUUUUGGCACGGGUAACAACAACAAGUUGAACUGGGUGCUUGAAGACAAGCAGGAGAUGAUCGAUAUCAUUGAGACCAUUUACAAGGGUGCGAAGAAGGGACGUGGUCUGGUUGUUAGUCCGAAGGAUUACUCGACCAGGUACCGCUACUGA